AUGGCUUCGAACACACCCCCGCCGCCCUUCCGCUUUGACGGUGAAGUCGCCAUCGUCUCUGGCGCGGGCUCUCGCAUGCCUGGCGAAAUUGGAAACGGGCGUGCGACAGCCAUUCUUCUCGCCCGGCAAGGCGCCAAGGUCGCCCUCCUGGACAUCAACGCCUCUUGGGCCGAGGACACUAAGCGCAUGAUCGAUGCGGAGGGUGGCAUCUCGGAGGUCAUCCCCACGGACGUCACAGACGAGUCAUCAUGCAAAAACGCAGUGGCCAAGACAGUCGAGCUGUUUGGCACCGUAACCAUCCUCGUCAACGUCGUUGGCGUGGGCGGAGCCAUGGGAGACGCCACGACAGUGGACCUUGCGGCUUGGGAUCGUGACAUGCGCAUCAAUGUCAAAAGUAUGGUCCUGAUGGCGCGCCACGCGAUCCCUGAGAUGCGUAAGAACGGCCGUGGCGCCAUCGUCAAUAUUUCCUCGGUUUCCGGUUUGCAAGGUGGUAAUCCAAGCUUGUUGUACCCAACGAGCAAGGGAGCGGUCAUUCAAAUGACGAGGGCGAUGGCCGCGCAGCAUGGGACCGAGAACAUCAGGGUUAAUUGUGUGUGUCCCGGCAUGGUCUACACUCCAAUGGUGAGGAGCCGCGGUGUCUCCGGAGACUUGAGGCAGGCAAGGAUAAACCAAAACAUGUUGAAACAAGAGGGCACUGGAUGGGAUGUGGGAUACGCCAUUUUGUUCUUGUGCAGCAAGGAGGCCAAAUGGAUUACUGGCUUAAUCAUGCCAGUCGAUGCUGGCACUACAGCCGGGAAGUCGGUUAAGGACAGACCCGCGCUGGCGGCGGAUGUGUUGGCGGAGCAGAUGACAGGCAUACCCAACAAGGCAGAGCAAUAA